CUCGGGCUAGUGCAUGCUGCCAGAAGUUCCCGGAUUGACACCUUGACUUGAAGCGUCCAGCAAUCGUCUUAGUCUGGAUGGCUCAGGGAUGGGAUAAGCCAGCAACAAGAGACCCGGUCACUGCACACGCUUUGGUCUGCAGCUUUCUGUGUGUGACACGCGAGUCCAUAUAACAGGACCCGACACCUCCUUCUUGAUCUCACGAGAAUGACUUUAUCACGACACGCGCCUGUCAACCACUUCCAGCCGAUUCACAAUCACAACUCAAAUUACGACACCUUCAAACAGCAGACACCAUGCCAGACAAAGCUCAAGACAAGGCUGCAAGGAGAGAGUCCGUCAGCAAAUGGGUCACAGAGCAAACGCAAGAGAUACCCUCUCACCUCGACAACCUCCCCUCGCGGUCGGUCAAGCAAGCAGAAGACGACAAGAAAGAAAAGUCGGCAGCAAACAUCAAGUCUUUCGAUGCCAUCAUGUAUAAAAGCAGCAGCAGCACGGACUGAAGAACCGCCGGCAAGACACACCUUCUACCUAAUGGUUAUCAACAUGAUGGCCUGGCCUCCCAAGCUACGUAACGCCGAACGGACAUGUCUGGAUCUCGAAGCCGGAGAGCCUCUGCUAGGCCCGUCGCUCACAGGUUCCCCUUGCAUGAGCUCUUGCCUCCGAUGCAGGCCUUGGAGAUUCGACCCCAGCUUCCCGAAGCCCGCUCUGCAACUUGCACCACCUUCCCUUUUCUGCACUCACUCCUCCGUUUGGGCGGCCUCAUUCCCAGACGCAGAACAACAGCAACCUGAACUACACGAUUCAAAAGCCCCCCACGCCAGCGACAUGUCAGUGCGAGCCCGCGGAGGAACGCGCUUCUGAGCGGCCCCAGGCCCUGCUCCAUGUUUAGCGCCCACAAGCUGCAGUUACCACACGAUUGGAUAUACCCGAUCUUGUUCGAGUCAUGCAUGCACAUAUCACACCACCUUGCAGUUCAGAUGACUUGCGCACGAAAGGCAGUCUCUGGCAGUAUGAGAGGGCGUUGUGGUUGUGGGGGAGCUAGCUUUGUACUCUAUGUUUUACUAUUUCGAAAUCCCAGCAUGCAUUCCAGCUCAUCUCAAAGCGUGACGCGCACAAUGAACAAAGUGAAAGGCACACUGGGCAAAACCCAGCGC